AUUUCCUGAGACUUCGCUUUCGGGGAUUAAAGAUGGGGAUCCGCGUGACCCCCCUGCUCCUCCUGACGGCCCUUCGCCUGAGCGUCGGACAGCACAAAGGAUGUUCGUGUGCCGAGUCGCUACCUGGGAAACGGCGCCGGAGGUAUCUGACGGAGGUGGUGCUGGGUGGCGGCUCGAUGCUCGCGGUGAGACAGCUGGUGCCGGGGUCCCACUGACCACAGAGAGAAUGACUGUGAGGCCAGUUCAGCCUGCGAGUUUGCGGCUCGUGGAACAAGCGGACGUAUCCUGAUACAAGCACCGUGAUACAUAACCAUGUUCACGGCUGCUGCGAUCUACAACCGCAGCUGUGACUAAUCACUGGAAAGACAACAUAAGUUAAUGCUCAAAAACGGCCUGCAGUUAAAAUAAAUGAAUUGAUGGCUGUUAAUAACAUUAAUAAUAUUAAUAGCAGUGUUAUUAUUAAACUGGAAACAUAUGUCCUGUGAAACAAUGUAGUGAUGAUAUACUCACCGUUUGUUAGGGAGACCCGGCUGUUUACAGAUAUACUCACCGUUCGUUAAGGAGGCCUGGCUGUGUAUGGAUAUACUCACUGUUUGUUUGGGAGGCCCGGCUGUUUAUGGAUAUACUCACUGUUUGUUUGGGAGGCCCGGCUGAGUACGGAUAUACUCACUGUUUGUUUGGGAGACCCGGCUGUUUACAGAUAUACUCACCGUUCGUUAAGGAGGCCUGGCUGUGUAUGGAUAUACUCAAUGUUUGUUAGGGAGGCCCGGCUGUGUACGGAUAUACUCACUGUUUGUUUGGGAGGCCCGGCUGUGUACGGAUAUACUCAGUGUUUGUUUGGGAGGCCCGGCUGUGUACGGAUAUACUCACUGUUUGUUUGGGAGGCCCGGCUGUUUAUGGAUAUACUCACUGUUUGUUUGGGAGGCCCGGCUGUUUACGGAUAUACUCCCCGUUUGUUUGGGAGACCCCGCUGUUUACAGAUAUACUCCCCGUUUGUUUGGGAGACCCGGCUGUGUACGGAUAUACUCACUGUUUGUUUGGGAGGCCCGGCUGUUUACAGAUAUACUCACUGUUUGUUUGGGAGACCCGGGUGUACGGAUAUACUCACUGUUUGUUUGGGAGGCCCGGCUGUUUACAGAUAUACUCACUGUUUGUUUGGGAGACCCGGGUGUACGGAUAUACUCCCCGUUUGUUUGGGAGACCCGGGUGUACGGAUAUACUCACUGUUUGUUUGGGAGGCCCGGCUGUUUACGGAUAUACUCACUGUUUGUUUGGGAGGGCUGGCUGUUUAUGGAUAUACUCAAUGUUUAUUAGGGAGGCCCGGCUGUUUACCGUUCAUUAAGGAGACCCGACUGUGUACGGAUAUGCUCAAUGUUUGUUAGGGAGGCCCGACUACUUAUGGAUAUACUCACUGUUUGUUAGGGAGGGCUGGCUGUUUAUGGAUAUACUCAAUGUUUAUUAGGGAGGCCCGGCUGUUUACCGUUCAUUAAGGAGACCCGACUGUGUAUGGAUAUACUCACUGUUUGUUAGGGAGGCCUGGCUGUUUACGGAUAUACUCACUGUUUUUCAGGGAGGCCUGGCUAUUUGCAGAUAUACUCACUGUUUGUUAGUGAGGCCCGGCUGUAAACGGAAGUUGACCAUUAGCUGCUUGAUAUAUGUCAUGUGAUCAGUCUGGAGAUGCUGCUCAUUUUCACUGAAUCAUCCAUUUGCGACCCGCACCAUAACCCCCCCUUCCCUGGGCCCUCCAACCUCUCACUCCACUGAUCUGGGGUUUGGCGGCUAGCCCUCCCAAGGAAAUCUCACCGGAACCAAGCCCCUCGUAUCACCACCUUGCUGGACACUCUGGAUGUGCUGCCUGACCACAAUGUCACUUUCAUCUGCGAGGUGGACGCACGGCCCAUCGCCGACGUCACAUGGACGAAAAAUAACUUCCAGAUUGGGCCCUACGACCCGCGAUACAUGACCAGGGAGAAUGGGCAGAUGCUGGUUAUUCCCAACGUCAGGGACUCGGAUAGCGGCGAGUACUGCUGUGUAGCCAGCAACGGGAUUGGAGAACCGGCGAAGAGCUGCGGGGCCCUGCAGCUGAAGAUGAAGCCUCAAAUCAAGAAACACCCAAACAACGUCACGCAGCUCAUAGAAUCGAAGGUUGUGCUGCAGUGUGUGACCAUGGGCAACCCCAAACCGGACAUCAACUGGAUGAAAGAUGAGGAUGUCGUCAAGGUUAGUGACCGGAUAACCAUCCUGGACUAUGGCUCUCUGAAAAUCAGCAACAUCAAAAAAGAAGAUGGUGGCCAGUAUCGUUGUAUAGCAAAGAACAGCUUUGGGAUGGCUGUGUCGAGACCAGCAACACUUGAGGUGCAGGUUCCCGCCCGGAUCCUGAAGGUCCCGAAGGAGAAACGCGUUCCCUUCGGGUCCGAGGUCACGAUGGAGUGUAACACCACUGGUAACCCAGUCCCAACGAUAACAUGGCUGGAAAACGGGAAUGCGAUCUCCGGGGCUUCCGUGGAGGAGACGAUCGUGGGUGAUGUGGUGGCCUCCAUUCUGCGCGUCGUGGUAAACAAGCCGGCUCUGUACACCUGCCUGGCCACCAACCAGCCCAGUGGUGUAGCCAACAUGGCCAAGGCCACCGCCAAAGUCACCAUCUCAGAAUGGAGGCUAUACAAGGGCAGUGCGGGGUACUGCAGCACCUACCGGGGGCAGGUGUGUCAGGGCGUGCUGAGGAGGGAUGCCCUGCUGUUCUUCAACGCCUCGCUGCAUGAGCCCGAGGACACGCAGGAGCUGCAGGCGCAGGUGGCCUGGUCCCAGCUGGACAGCAGCGGCGCCCUCUGCAGGCCAGCCGCCCGCGCUCUCUUCUGCCACCACGCCUUCCAGAAUUGCAACCCCUCGGGGCAGGGCCCCACACCUAAGCCCGUGUGCAGAGAGCACUGCCUAGUGGUGAGGGACCUGUACUGCCACGGAGAAUCGCUCUUUAAGGAGGACUCUGGCAGCAAAGGGAUGUAUUCCUCCGGGGCUCGCAUCACGCUGCCUGACUGCACACUGCUGCCCAGCCAGAAGGAUGACCUCACAGCCUGUACCGCGGUCCCGUUCGUUGAUCUCAAGAAAGACCAAAUUACCACAAAAUGCUACGCCGACCGGGGACAGUUUUAUCAGGGGACGGUCAGUGUCACGCUUUCAGGCGUGCCGUGCCAAAGAUGGAGCCAGCAGGAUCCCCACACGCACCGGCUUUCCCCAGAGGUCAUUCCCGAGCUGCGCAAUGCAGAGAACCACUGCCGGAACCCCGGAGGGGAGAACGAACGGCCCUGGUGCUUCACCUCCAACCCAUACCUGCGGUGGGAAUACUGCGACGUGCCUAGAUGUGGCGAUGUGCCGGCCCCGGUGUCCACGGUCCCCCGCCAGCUGGCCCCUAAUGUGCCCCUGUCGGGGUCCCCUACCUACUCAAUGAGCAUCAUCAUUUUCGUCAUGGCUGGCUUGGCUGCAUCUGCUUUCCUCGUCGUCAUCGCGCUCAUGUGCCACCGCAGGAGAAAGCUGUGGAAAAGCAGGAAGAGAGUGAUGGAGACCGCCAUGCUGACCACCCUUCCCUCGGAGCUUCUGCUAGAUCGCCUUCACCCCAACCCCAUGUACCAACGCCUACCACUGCUGCUCAAUACUAAGCUCCUGAACCUGGAGUAUCCACGUAACAACAUUGAGUACGUCAGGGACAUCGGCGAGGGGGCCUUUGGCCGAGUCUUCCAAGCCAGAGCCCCCGGUCUGCUGCCGAUGGAGACGUUCACCAUGGUGGCCGUGAAGAUGCUGAAGGAGGAGGCUUCAGCGGACAUGCAGAAUGACUUCCAGAGGGAAGCCGCUUUGAUGGCCGAGUUUGACCACCCAAACAUCGUCAGGCUGCUCGGAGUGUGCGCCGUGGGCAAACCCAUGUGCCUCCUGUUUGAGUACAUGGCUAACGGCGACCUGAACGAGUACCUGCGUCGGAACUGCCCCAAUCCGCGGCACAGCCUGAGUCAGGCCAGCUUGUCGGGCCGCAGUUUCGCCUCUGAGCUGGAGGGCGGCGCCCUCACCUGCGUCGACCAGCUCUUCAUUGCCAAGCAGGUAGCUGCCGGCAUGGCCUACCUGUCGGAGCGCAAAUUUGUGCACCGAGACCUGGCCACCCGCAAUUGCUUAGUGGGCGGCGAGCUGGUGGUGAAGAUCGCCGAUUUUGGCCUGUCCCGGAACAUCUACUCGGCCGACUACUACAAGGCCAACGAGAACGAUGCCAUCCCCAUCCGCUGGAUGCCGCCCGAGUCCAUCUUCUACAACCGCUACACCACUGAGUCGGACGUGUGGGCCUAUGGCGUGGUGCUUUGGGAGAUCUUCUCUCAUGGCAUGCAGCCCUACUACGGCAUGGCGCAUGAGGAGGUCAUCUACUACGUGAGGGAUGGAAAUGUGCUGGGCUGUCCCGACGGCUGCCCGCUGGAGCUCUACAGCCUCAUGCGCCUCUGCUGGAGCAGCCACCCCUCGGACAGGCCCGGCUUCCCCAGCAUCCACUGCAUCCUGGAGCGGAUGCACAGUCAGAUGCUACACGCCUCCCUACCCUGACCCCUGAUAUCCCCUGGAAGACAGCAGCCGGUGGGUCAGCAGAGGGUCUGGGAUCAUUUCCUGAUGGGAUCCUUUGGCCCAUCUUGAUGACAGUAGGUCCUACAGCUGAGAUGACGAUCAGCUGGAUGCACCAAGAGAAGAUGUCAAAUGCAUUCGCUCGAAUAAACCUCCGCAGGCUCCCUUUGGAGAUGUGGGUGGUCCUAAGUCCAUAUCCAAGACUCUCCCCAAAACAGCUCAUUUCCACCUGAUUAACUACAGUCUGUGCAGAAAUGACUGUUCCAGUUGGGGAUAACCUCUCCUUCUCCUCCACCAUAGGAGAUGCCGUCUGAGCCCAAAAGGGACAAGAUAAACCUUUAAGAUCCAUUUUAGAAUCGACUGGACUGCACUUUCUCUUCAAAAUAGAUGAUUGCUUUUCUUGUCUAGCGGGAACAGUUAACGAUCUGAAGGGUCUUUGCCAUUUUAAAAACACACCCAUGUAUUAGCUGAUCGACGCCGGUGUUUUCCCCGUUUCUGACGGCAGAUAAGCUUAAUGAGCGCCACCACACCGCGUACACACCUCCCUGAAUGCCUUUCAGACACCUUCAGCCACCCGCUGCCCUCUUUGAAGCAGGGCACCUGGGAGUAAUGAAGAUCAAAGCCAGAGGGUAGGACGGGCAGGUACUUACACCCCCACCUGUAUUUAGGGCUGUAUUUCAUUGCAAACAUGCCACCGUCUAUACAGGAUACAGCAUAUUCCACAGUGGUACAUUAUCACUUUUAAUAUUUUUAUAUGUUGUGUUUUGACAUUGUUUUUUUUUUUUAUUGCUCUUCCAGCUAAUCAUGUAAUGUUUUUAUCAUUGUUAUUGCAUUAUUUUUUGGCUAUAUCACACAAAUGCAUCCAGAUACACCAGGAACUCGACACACAGAGUCCCUCCUCAGGGUUAAGGAGAGCAGGCAAGGAAAUGGCAGGCUUCCCCGUUUGUUUAGACGUGUUCGGCUUGUAUCUCACAUGCAUGAUGGAGUGUAAACUCCUUAGAUAAAACAUACCGAGUCAAACCGUAAAGUAACCAUGCAGGAUACCAUUCCAGCAACUUUGUUUCACAGGUAGUCAGCUUGUGAUAUUUAAAUGUGCUUUUUUAAAGGUUAUGUUUAAAUAUAAUUACCGAAAGGCCUGUUUCUGCAGUACCUGAAAAUACCCAACCAGUUUGUGUCGGCCGUUUUUUUCCGGCGAUCGUACCCUGUGCGGACGCCUCUGGGCACCGAUGGCCGUGCUGGUCCCAGUUCUGGUUCUGAACGCUGCCUUUCUGCAACCUGCAUCUUCUCUGAGCAGCAUCACCAGCUACUGUGAGCGAAGCAAUGAUGAGCUGCUGAGAGAAAAUGUUACAUCUAGGUUGAAAACGUCUGAAAAUAUGCCGGCACUUUGAUUCCUUCUUUGUUAUUAUUAAUUUUGAUUCAAGUAUUUGACAAAUUGUCUGGAUUUUGUGUGCAGUCUAAGAUUUUGUGCUUAAAAUGCAGAUUAUUAUGUGGAUUGAAUGGCCGAGUGAUCACACUAACUUUGUCAUAUUUGUAUGCAUUAUGCCAUGAUUAUUUACACUCCAUAAACUAACUUUACAGCUGCCGUGUAGACGAUACAGAUUAAGUUGCAAUAUGAUUUUGUGAGGUAGGUGGCACUGUUUCAUCAGUUUUAAUAAAAUUCAGGAAAAAAAAAAUCACUUCUGCUGGUCUU